UACUGAGUAAGUUUGGAAGUAACACACAGAAACCUGCGACUACUAAAGUACCUUACAGACUGAAGACUUGGACACCACAAAUGCUGAGCAAGUUGCUGAAGAUUAGGGUUCUCCUCCUGACCAUCUUUGCUGCCUCUAUCGGUGGUACCUUCCAGUAUGGCUUUAACCUGACAAUCAUUAAUGCACCAACAAUUCUUGUCCAAAGGUUCAUCAAUGAGACCUUGAAUGAGCGCUUCAACACACAGGUGGAGAGCUGGGUCAUCACACUGGUCUGGACCAUUACUGUCACCAGUUUUUCUGUUGGAGGAGUGGUUGGGGCUCUUAUUGCUGGACCCAUGGCCAUAACAUUUGGAAGGAGGAAUUCGCUGCUGCUGAGCAAUGCUUUUGUGCUCAUUGGUGCUUUGCUGAUGGGUCUGAGCAGAACAGCCAAAUCCUUUGAGGUGAUCAUAAUUGGAAGAUUCUUUUCUGGAAUAAAUUCAGGUGUGGGAUUCAACAUUAACCCCAUGUACCUGGGUGAAAGUGCUCCAAAGGAGAUACGUGGCAUAGUGGCCCUGUCAUUUGCUCCAUUUACUGCAGCAGGAUUGGUGUUGGGGCAGACCAUAGGACUGAGAGAGGUUCUGGGCAAUGAUGAACUGUGGCCUCUACUGCUGGCGUCCUGUGCUUUUCCAGCCCUGAUCCAGCUCACCACGCUUCCAUGGUGCCCAGAGAGCCCCAGGUAUCUGCUGAUUGACAGGAAGGACAAGAACUCGUGCAUAAAGGCGCUGGGAAGAUUGCAUGGCAAAGACAACAUCACUGCAGAAAUGGAUGAAAUACUGGAAGAGCAAACUGUGCUUGAAGGUCAAAGGGCAAAGAGAAUUUGGGAGCUGUUCCCUGACCACACUGUCCGAUGGCAGAUGAUCAUCACCUUCGUGCUGGGCAGUGCCUUUCAGUUAUGUGGGAAUGAUGCUAUGUAUUACUACGCUGUAUAUGUGUUUCGUGCUGCGGGAAUUCCUGAUGAAAAGAUCCAGUAUGUCACUAUUGGAACUGGGUUCUGUGAAUUCACCACCUCAUUGACAAGUAGCCUGUUCAUUGACCGGAUUGGGCGCAGGCUGCUGCUUAUGGGAGGCUAUAGUCUGAUGGCUGCCUUUGGAAUAUUGUUCACCAUCUCCUUGACUCUUCAGGACAAGAUCAGUUGGAUUCCAUUCUUCAGCAUGGCCUGCAUCUUUGCGUCGAUCUUAAGUUUUGGAAUUGGCCCAGCUGGAGUGACUGCAAUCAUACCGAUGGAGAUCUUUGACCAGACUGCCCGGCCUGCAGCCUACAUGAUCAACGGCUCCCUGUUCUGGAUAAACCUCAUUAUCGUUGGGAUGACUUUUCCAUUCCUUGUUGAGGGUCUGGGCAGUUUCUGUUGUGUGCCGUUUCUUUCAUUUAGCUUCCUUGCGGCUAUUUUCAUUGGAUUUCACCUGCCAGAAACAAAAGGGAAGACCUUUCUGGAAAUUUCUCGGAUGUUUCACAAACGCAACUUUAAGGUUCAACUGGAACAACUAUCAGCAAGUUCCUGAAAGCUGAAAGAGAAAAAAAAUAACAUCAUCAGCACCGAACACUUACCUGCAUUAGUACCAUCAUGUAACAUCCUCUGUGAACUGGCCCAGCAUUUCUCUUUAACAUCUGCUUUUCCUCACUUGUAUGGGAAAGAAGAUUUACUGAGUGCGUUUAUCGAGGCAGGGAAAUUGCAAGUUACCCUCAAAAGUGAAUAUUAAAAUAUUUUCCAUUUUGCUGCUGGGUUUCAUGUUCCAGUCGAUGGUAGGAAGCUGAUGCUUCAGGAUUUCUUGAGGAAGACACUGAUGACGCAAAAUAAUCACAAAAUGUAACCAUUUAGUUCAACAAUAAAAAAAUGUUUCCACUC